UGGAUACAUUCUUGGAUGAAUGCAUCUUGGACCGACCAUCACAACACUUAUGCUCUCUGAUUUCAUAUGAAUCAGUCAGACUCUAGCCUGCUCAACAGGUUAAUUUGCUUUUGAUUAUUAAGAGUGGAUCUGCAUUGAUUGUGAUGCUUGCAAAUACAUCGAUGAUGGAUUUCCUGGCGGUUCUGGGCGAUUUCAUUCAGCUGUCAGCGCGCAGUGUUUUACUGUCUCUGCUGGUGUGUUUAACGCUCACGCUCUGGCGUCUUUCCGGUCGGCGGCAGAUACCGGGUCCGUUCUCCUGGCCGGUCAUCGGAAACGCCGCUCAGCUCGGUACCUCACCUCACUUUUACUUCACCCGGAUGGCUAAAAAAUACGGCGACGUGUUUCAAAUCAAGCUGGGCAGCCGAGACGUGGUGGUUCUGAACGGAGACGCAAUUAAAGAGGCGCUAAUUAAAAAAGCUGUCGAUUUCGCCGGCAGACCCGAUUUCGCCUCGUUCCGGUUCGUGUCCAAUGGGAAAAGCAUGGCGUUCGGUAACUACAGCCAGUGGUGGAAACUGCAUCGGAAGAUCGCGCACAGCACCGUGAGAAACUUCUCCACAGCCAACAUCCACACCAAGCAGACGUUUGAGAAGCACAUAGUGUGCGAGAUAGGAGAGCUCAUCCGCUUGUUUCUGAAUAAAACCCGCGAGCAGAAGUUCUUCGAGCCUCACCGGUAUCUGGUGGUGUCGGUGGCGAACACAAUGAGCGCCGUUUGCUUCGGGAACCGGUAUUCGUUUGAUGAUGAGGAAUUCCAGCAGGUGGUUGGCAGAAAUGAUCAAUUCACUAAGACAGUCGGAGCUGGAAGCAUCGUGGAUGUGAUGCCUUGGCUGCAGUACUUCCCAAACCCAAUCAAAACGCUCUUUGACCAGUUUAAAACGCUCAACAAGGAGUUUAACGAGUUCAUUGAUUCCAAAGUGGCGGAGCACCGCGAGACUCUUUUACUGAGCCUCGUCCGUGACAUGACUGACGCGUUCAUCGUUGCUCUGGAUAAAGGGCUGUCAGGGGGCCCGGGGGUCUUUCUGGAUAAAGAAUACGUGCCACCGACCAUCGCAGACAUUUUUGGGGCCAGUCAAGACACUCUGUCUACAGCUCUGCAGUGGAUCAUUCUGUUAAUGGUCAGGUAUCCAGAAGUCCAGAAACGUCUUCAGGAGGACGUCGACAAAGUGGCGGAUCGCAGUCGUCUUCCAACAAUUGCAGACCAGCCUCAUCUUCCAUACGUCAUGGCUUUCAUCUACGAAGUCAUGCGAUUCACCUCGUUCGUCCCUGUAACGAUUCCCCACAGCACGACCACAGAUACCUCCAUCAAUGGGUAUCCCAUCCCUAAAGAUACCAUCAUUUUUGUCAACCAGUGGUCUCUGAACCACGACCCGACCAAAUGGGACCAACCAGAGGUAUUCAACCCACAGCGCUUCCUGGAUGAGGAUGGAGCUCUCAACAAAGACUUAACCACCAACGUGCUGAUCUUCUCCGUGGGGAAGCGUAGAUGCAUUGGAGAAGACGUGUCCAAGAUACAGCUUUUCCUCUUCACCUCCUUGCUGGUCCAUCAGUGUAGGUUUAGUGCAGAAACUACUCCCAGCAUGGACUAUCUGUAUGGGCUCACGCUUAAACCCAGAGCCUUCAAAGUGUCAGUCACACUCCGUGACAGCACAGAACUGCAUGAGAGUUUGGUAGGAACGUCUCAGACUCCUACACAAAAGAGACAGAGACCUCAAGUCUGAAGGGAAAUCAAAGCAUGCAACUUUAAUACUUUGCCAAAUGAAGCUGGCUAAGAAAACAAACACUGAAGAAUCUCUCAUAUCUGCAUUAUAGCAAUAUAUUUAUAGAUGUAAAACUCAGGCAUAAACUUUUUUUUGGCUCAGAAUGAGCUAAGACAAUAAAACACACCCAUUCAUUACUGUAACUACAUGAUGCACUGAUUUAUAGUUUAUUAUGCAAGAGUAGCAUAGCGGAAGCUAAAUAACAGGAUACUGCAUGGUUCAUUAAGACAAAUACUAGUUGCUUUCUAAGAGUACUGAGGCAUAUACAUGCAUAGCAUUAUUCAGUCAAGAAACUUCUAGUUUAAAUAUAGCUUGCAGAUAUAUAUUUAAACUCAGUAAUAAGUUGUUUAAAGUCAAUGUGAAACACUGUUAACAGCCCAUUUUACUUCUGUGACAUAUUUCCGAAUGAAACUAUAUAUUCAAUGAGAAAAAACUGGUGCAGUAGCUGAUUUUAUCUAUUUGAAAAUGACUGGAUCAUUAAAUAUCAUUAAGUCAUUACAUUUUCUAAAGGAUUACAGACAAAAUAAUUAACUUGGACUAAUAUGCAACACUUAAUCAAUUGAUUACAUUUCAUGUUGACUUUAACACAUUUGGUUAUUAUUUUAAAUGACUGCAAUGAGCUUAAAGUACUUUUUUCAGUUGUUGCUUAGGGUAAUUUAGCUCAAACCUAUACUGCAUUUUUAACCUCCCUACAGUAUAAUCUUACAGCACUUUAUUGUUCUUGAUGAUAAUUUCCCGAUUCUUACUACAGCACUGUUGAAGUCCGUGCCUUAUUAUUAGAGACUUCUUAGCAUGAAUCUAUAAUUAAAAUAAACGUAGGCGGGUUUAACACAGUUCACUUCCAUUGUGUUCCCGCAACAUCCUUCCCAAUCAAAUAUUGUCUGGAGAUCCUCACAGUGGGUCACAGGAAGUCUCCAGUGAAACUAUUCUGAACAUCUAUGUUUAUUAUAAGCUGAAUGUGAUAUUUCGUAUCUGGCACAUGAUGUGUAGGCGAAAGGAAAUACAUUUUGUGUCCCUCGGGUCCCUUCUAAUUAGGGGAAUCCUGAAGGGGAAAAUCAGGGUUUGCUAACUGACAUGUAUAAAAUGUUACGAUUACUAAUUUUUGCCAAUUUCCUAACUGCUGCAAUAUAUUUUUGAACUGUAAUAGCACUUGUUAAUAGACUGCUGGUCUGUAUGAGAUCUACUAUAUUUUAUAUGCAAAAGAUUGAUGUGUAAGUUUGAUAUGUAGUUCAUAUUAUGUGAUACCAACAUUUAAUAUUAUAUUUUUCUACUUCAUAUAAGCUCUGACAUUUGGCUGCUUUGGCAUUCUAAACUGCAUUCAGUUUACAGUUUUUGUAAUUAAAUAGUGGUAGUGGUUUAUAUCAUAUAUAUAUAAAACACUAAGGUCAAUAUAUAUAUAUAUAUAUAUAUAGCAUUACUCAAGCUUUUAUGAUAAUAAAUGCAGUAUAACAUUGUCAUUUGUAAUCAAAUUAGUUUUGCCAGUGUUUUUUUCCUCCUGCAACACCUAGACACAAUAUGAUUAUGUAAAACAAAACUUUUUUUUGUAUUCAAACAAGUUGCCCUUAAAAUAGUGGCAAGUAAAAAUAACCAUUCUAACUUUAUUGCCCACAUCAUAUCUGCACGCAGCCACUCAAUUGGGCAUUUAAAAUAGAAGGAAAGUGUGUAGGAUAUACCCGUCCCUGCGAAGUGCUUUAUCUUGCUUUCCCAGCACAUCCUGUUCUGAUCAAGCCUGAGGAUUGUAGCCAGCUGAGCUUUGAGUGCGUGACAAGUUCAGAUAAAGCCAACUGAUUACUGAUACACUAGCAGCCGCCUGCUCCCCUUCCAGGCCCUGCUGAAGAAAAGAAAAACACGCUUCACUAUUGUUGGAUUAACAGUACACUUUCUGUAAAAAAGGCUAUAAAGCUGUCACUGGGAUGGCACCAUAAGGUAGUUUAUUUAGAUCUAAAUAGUACCAAUUAAUUCCAUUUGAAAGCAUGCCACCCCAGUGACAGGUUUGUGUACCUUUUUCUAAAGUUGUAGGAGAUGAAGGAAUCAAUGGAUCCUUAAAAACUGAUUACAAAAUAAUCAGAAGUAAUAAAAACAAAAUAAAAACUAAGAUGCAAUGAAAUAUGAAAUGCUUAAAUCAUGUGGCUUUCUUAAUGUAACACUAAGUUUUCUUUUUAAAUUAAAAAAAAAGUUCAAUUUUCAGUAUAUUUCUUUUUUUUUUUGGUAAAACAAAAAAUCGUCUUAAAUACAAUUCUAAAUGCGGUUCCAAUUCAUCAAAUAAUUCGUGAAAAAAUGAUAAGUUUCUAUAAAAAGAAUUGCAUAAAUUGCUAAGGCAAUAUUUACUUGAAUUGCUUGAUCUGCUGUCAGUUCUAUAAGUCUUCAUUAAGAUCAAAUCUAGAAGACACCUCCAGGAAUCCAGGUCAUGUCCUGUGGGCAUUAUUUCUGUGCUGUACGAGAGAACAGACUUGCAUACAUUAGGUAAUAUGAACCUUUACCCUCUUUAUCUGUGUUGUGAUGACAAAUUAUGCCUUAGACAAACCUCUUUCCUCAUUUACAAAAGUCUGGGGUCUGUAUGUUUUGCAUUCUUUUAUUCAGCAAGGUUGCAUUCAAUCAGUUAAACAGACUUUAAAGACAUGUAUAAUAAUAAAUAAAUAAAUGAAAAUAUAUUUCAAAUAAA